AUGUCUGAUUCUGCAAAAUCCUCUCCAACGAAGAAUGAUGGUGUUCCAUCGCUACAACAAGUUGUAAUCGAUGCCAUUCCUCUCACCACCAUACAUCCUACAAGUCCGACAAAGAGGAGAAAAUCAACUACAAAGAAGGAUAAAUCAUCACGAACAAGCACAAAUCCUUCUUCCCCUGCUUCGAUUAAAGAUUCAACGCGUAAAAGCAAGAAAGGGAAGGUUGAAUCGAGUAAAGCAUUUACAAUGUCUGAACUUCACGUUGAUCCACUUCCAUCGAGUGGUGUUGCAACGCCUGUCGCUAAUCCUGCAGUUGAAAAUGUUAUCGCUCCUGGUAAGACUUCUGUCAAUAUAGGUCUUAAUAUACCAAAAUCUGUUAAAACCCUAGGUGUAGAGAACCCUGCUAUAUCUGGAAAUUUGGGGAAAAGUGUUCCAAAACCCCCUAUUACUGUUGAUGCUAAUAUUGGUGCUUUCACUGAGACCAAUGAUGAUGUUGCUGCUGAGUCUCUCAAGAAAACAGGUCCUGAGACUCAUGCUGCGUCAAGUGUUGUGACACCUGACGCGGAGCCAAAUGUUGUGCCAGAUGUUACCACAUCUUUGGCACCAGAAAAUCUUGUGGACUAUUCUGAGUCUGAUGAGCGUCCCAAACCUAAGUCUGCUGAUGAAGAGAUUGUUGCUGAUAAGGAUGUUAAUGAAAAUCCUGAUGUUAUAAUUGUAAAUGAAACAACUGUUAGUGAUAAGUCUGUUCCUACAAAUUCUGAGAAUGGGUCUGCUAGAUGGAAGUUUGUAUAUCACAAGAGGUUGGCUCUAGAAAGGAAUCUAAAAGAAGAUAUCCUUCAAUGCCAAACUGUGGUUGAAGCUAUUGAAUAUGCAGCAAGUCCUGAAUAUAGGCAAGUAUUUGUUCGUGGGAAAUGUGUCAAAUUCUCACCAACUAUGAUUAACCAAUAUCUGCAAAGAAAUUCUGAUGAGGUGGCUGAUCUAAAGGUCACAGACAAUGAGGAAAGGGAUGUUGGCAUUGAGCAAAGGCUGCUUGAAGGGACAAAUGUUGCAGCAGGUGUUGGCACAUCUAUCCAGGCUGGUGUACUCUCUAGGAAGCAGAUGAUUGCUGAUUUGACUGAGGCUAGCAGAGCACUUGAGGCCAGAAAAUUGAAGAUUGAUCGUACAAGUGUUGGCGCACCUUUAGCAACACCUGUCUAA